UCAAUGGGGAGGCCCUGAGAACAGGGAGAAGGGGAAGGAGAGACCCGGUUUAGCCCAGUUUUCCUCUCCGCCUUUUCUGGCAUCAGGGACUGCUCCCAUGUCCUUGCAGCGUGUUCCAUCGCUCUGGAGGAUGAUCGAGGCACAAUUCCCACCCAGCGAAAGGCUCGAGGUGAAGGCUGUCUUGGGUGACAAUGUUGUGGAACAAAGCCUGGAACUUCACGCUGAGGUACAAACUUUGCUGGAAUUCUACCAGGACCUGCAGUUGGGUCACCGAAGUCUGGAACCGAGCUCUGUACCAGCAAGCAACAGCUGGGCCUUGCUGGCUGCUCCUCCUAAUCUCAAGGAGCUGGUGAGGGAAGAGAUCCGCCUUCUUCUGACCAGACUGCAGCAAAAGGCUUUACAGGAGGGCAGAGACCAAGAUUGUGCCAUUGCUAAGUAUAGUCAACGUGUAGUCACCUUUGCUUUGAGGAUGAAUGCUGGCAGCAGUUGUCCUUCAUCUGGAAAUAGCACUCUCAUCAGGCCAAUGUCCUUUGGAAUCACGAAUGAUCUGGGAGCCUUCUGUGAUAAACUGAAUAUUGUCCAUAUUGGUGAAAUAGCCUCUGAACUUCGAACCCUGCUGGAGAAUGAAUGUUGUGCUCUGGAAAGAUAUAUCUCUUACUUACGGAACCAGGUGGAAGAUGCACAUCAACACACCACAGAGUUCCUGCAAGUAGCAUAUGAACCCACUAUGGCUGAACUACAAGAGGAGAAGCGUGCUAUGGAACGGGAUUUGCAGCUGAGCCCAUCUAAGUCAAGCUAUAGCUCUCCCCAGAUGUCAAAGCUGCUCAGGAAUACUGGUUGCUCAUUCCAAUCCAGCCACCCAAGAGGCUCAGGCAAAGGAUUCGGUUUUGGAGAGACUCGUACUACUUCGAAUGUGGCUACUUCACCACAUCCCAGAGAUCGAACAUUUCCUUUGUAUCAUCCAACACCAUCCUGGUGGGGCCCUCCCACAGAAGGCCAGGUGGGCUUGAUGCACCAAGAAGGUGAUGAAUCCAACCAAGCAAAGAAAAACAAUCAGUCGCUGCUACCCAGAACUGUGAUUCCAACACUCCCCAACAAGGAAGGCGUGAUCGCUUCACCCUACAGGACAAUAGCAUCAGAGCUGGACUCUGUCUUCCAGCCCAUGCCUCCUGUGGAACCAUGUCCGCUGCCUCGCUUUUGCCCUCGUACUAGGCUGCUGAGGUGCAAAGGGCCCAGCUAGGAAGAAAGAGACCUUCCUCAUCCCCAGGAAACCAACAUGCUUUCCCCCUGGGGUGUUGUGCCUUUUGCUUUUGGGGAACUUUCUGCACCUGAAUUGGAUUUCUUGGUUUUGCUCUUCCUUGGAUAUAGUGUUGCGUCAGGUUCCAAGAAAAGUCAGAAAGAAGAAAUGCGUCUCUUUGCUUUUCCUACAACUGCAACCUUGCCAUGAGAUUCUCCUCCUCCACCACCAUCACCUUGCACAUCCCCUGGUUCCCACAAAAAAAGACUAUACCAUCUUAUAUUCAGGAAUAUAAAUUUCAUUAAAAUCUAUUGGACUUUAAAAA